AUGCGUCGACGUAGUUUUUUAAAAUAUUUAGUUUUAAUUCCAACUAUAUGGAUUAUUGGAAUAACAAUAUUUUCAUUUCGUACGGAUUUUUCAUCAAUAUCUCGUACAAAUAAUGAUAUUCCAAUAAAUGUUGUCAAUCAAAUUAUAUCAGUACCAUCAUUAGUUGAUCGUAUUAGAAAUGCAUUACCAUUUAGACACCAAAAUAUUGAUCAUGAUCAUCCAUCAGAAGAACUUAUUAAAGCUCAUGAACAAGAAAGAGAAAUGAAUGCUAAAGUACAAAUUGCUGCACCAGAAGUGAAUAAUCAUUUUGAUCGAAAUAUGAGUGGUCCUGGUGAAAUGGGUAAUCCUGUACGAAUAAACAAAGAUAAGUUAACGGCAGAAGAAAGAGGAAAAAUGAGUGAAGGAUGGCAAAAUAAUGCAUUUAAUCAAUAUAUUAGUGAUCUGAUAUCAUUAAGAAGAACUUUACCUGAUGUUCGUGAUCCUGAAUGUAAAAAAGUUGAAUUUCAUCCAAAUCUACCUGAAACAUCAGUAAUUAUUAUAUUUCAUAAUGAAGCACGAUCAACAUUAUUACGUACUAUUUGGUCUGUUCUUGAUCGUUCACCAGCACAUUUAUUAAAAGAAAUAAUAGUUGUAGAUGAUUUUUCUAAUAAAGAACAUUUAAAAAAAAUGCUUGAAGAUGAUAUUAAACCAAUGCAAAAAGUUCGAUUGCUUCGUACAAAAAAACGUGAAGGUCUUAUACGAGCUCGUUUAACAGGUGCUUAUGAUGCAACAGGAAAAGUUUUAAUCUUUUUGGAUUCACAUUGUGAAUGUGCCGAAGGUAAGUUACAAAAAACAAAAAA